CUGGCUCGCGGCUUCUUGCCCCCCACCCACUACUCCUCUUCUCGGCCGGGGAGGCGGCGGCCCUGUUCCCGGCCGGCGCCUGAUCUCCCCGUCGGCGGUUCGAUCCACGGAUCACUAGGGGUCAACCACUGUCAUCCGCCAUGCUCACGGACACCACUGACCCGAGCUACUGGCUCAACUGGAAGUUCCUGCUCUGCGCUACCUGGGUCUACUCAUGCAUGGCGCUGGCCUGCUACCUGAUCUGGAAGUACGAGGGGCCCAGUUCGCCGGCCGGCAAUGGCGACCGAGUCGACGUAGAGGAAGCGCAGCCCCGGGUCGGGCCGGGAGUGGUGUAUCUUGAAGAUUGCUGGAAGCCCUGCCUUAAGCAGAUCCAUCCUGGAUGGCUGCUGGCGUUUCGCCUCGUGUCCUUCUUCACUAUGGCUUCCAUACUUACCUAUGAUGUUGUUGUCGAUGGAUGGACCGUCUUCCUGUACUACACCCAGUGGACGUUCUUGCUUGUUAUCUUGUAUUUUGGGCUUGGCUCGGUGCUUUCAAUUUAUGGAUGCUAUCAGCAUGCUUGCGGGACGAGUGGGGAUGGAUCUGCUGCAGAUCAUGGCUCAUAUAUCAUUGUUCCAACAGGGGAAAGUAGAUAUGACAAUGGCACUAAGACUUCUUGUUUCAGUAGAACACAUGAUGGCCGGGAAAUUGCAGGAUUUUGGGGUUACCUGUUCCAAACCAUGUUUCAGACAAAUGCAGGUGCUGUGAUGAUUACUGAUCUGGUGUUUUGGUUCAUCCUCUACCCUUUCCUUGCCCGCAAUCAAUACGAUAUGAAUUUUUUGCUGAUUGGAACACAUUCAAUCAAUGCUGUCUUCAUAAUUGGUGACACCGCUCUUAAUAGCUUGCGUUUCCCGUGGUUCAGAAUAGCAUAUUUCAUGAUGUGGACAGGCAUAUUUGUUACUGCUCAAUGGAUCAUCCAUGCCAAUGUGUCGAUUUGGUGGCCUUACCCGUUUCUGGACUUGACAUACCCUGGAGCACCUAUAUGGUACUUCGUGGUAGCGUUGCUGCACUUGCCUUGCUACGGUCUCUUCGCCCUUGUUCUGAGGCUCAAACAAUCUCUGCUGCAAAGGUGCUUCUACACUUAAGUGAAGUAGACAAGAAGAUACACAUAUACAUACUGCUACAAUUUAUUCCCAUUUUUUCCUUGUCCUGAAAACUACACGGAGCUGCUGGGACAUACUUAGCUACAUUCUUCAGAGUUAGGUACCUGUAAUUCCCCGUACUCAGAAAGCACGAUCUCUUUACGGGUCUCUUUCUUCAAAGCGGGUGUGUAAAUUGAGUAAUUGACACGGCAUAUGUUCCCCCAAAAUUUUGAGAUUCAUAGCUUCUUUGAACCA